AUGGAUGCCGGUGUCGAUGCGAUCGAAAUCGAUGAUGACGAUGACGACGACGCUGGUAUAUUCAGAAUCGCCAACGACUGCCACAGUAAGGAAGAUGACUCCCUCACUGGUGAAGACAACGUCCUUUCAGCAGUGCACACGAAGCGCACUGCUGUUAGCAAAGAUGAAUCAGCAGAGGAAUUUUUGCUGACUCGCGAAGCGGUUGUCCGCUUCGUUCAAGACUUUUUGUAG